CUUAGUACCUAUCGAUUUAACAUUCACUUAGAAGGAGUUCGCUAAGUUAUUGUUGUUGAAAGUUAAGAAACGAGAGCACAUAAAUUGAAAAUGGAAAAACCAGAAAAGACCGAAAUCACAUACGAAUACACAAAGCGUAGACGGGAGUUUGGGAAGCAGUUGUUGUUUGAAGAUACGACCCCUGAGCUGGUGGUCAGUAUACCGUGCAACCCGGCUUUGUAUAAAAAUUACGUCAUGAGAAACCCUAUACACGCUGAAGUGCAAAAUGCUCCUGUUAUGGCUGAACAUUGGGUUAAUUCUGUUCGAGCCGAAUACACAAGCAGUGGCAUGAAUCACAUAGAAGGGGGGUGGCCAAAAGACAUCAACAUGAAUGACCCAGAGGCAACUCAACGAUAUCGACGCAAAAUUGAAAAAGACGACGCUUACAUUCACGCAGUUAUGCAUUUGGGACAUAGCAUGGAGCACAAUAUCCUGCAAAACAACGCGGUGGACAUGUACCAAACCUACUACUCGGAGCUCCCAUCCAUCCCCCCGGUGGAACACAGUAGUUGUCACACAGUCAACGUGUACCGAGAGCCGGGCACUCGCCGCCCCGUGCGCUCGCUGUCUUGGCAGAGCGACGGCGGCGCCAGGCUGGCUUCAGCUCAUGCCGAUAUUGAUAUCAGGAAUUGUAGGAAUACACAGCUGUCGUAUAUUUGGGAUAUUGAAAAUGCAAACGCACCCGAGCUGAUAAUUAAGCCGCCCCAGCCACUCCUAGACCUGCAAUACAACCCUCGAGAUCAACACACACUGGUUGGAGGCUUGCUCAAUGGGCAAGUAGGCUUUUGGGAUAUGCGUCGAGGAGGUGAACCUACAACAAUAUGUCCUCCGCACGUAGCUCAUCGCGAUUUAGUGAGAAAUGUACUCUUUAUCAACUCCAAAACUGGAGCGGAAUUCUUCUCUGCCUCACCAGAUGGCGUUGUUAAAUGGUGGGACACUCGCAAUAUGAAUGAACCAACAGAUACAAUGAUAAUAGACAUGGUUAAAAAUGUAACUGACACCCAAAGCAUUGAUAAUGCAAUAGGAAUAUCAGCUCUUGAAUACGAGCCUACUAUACCAACAAGAUUUAUGGUUGGCACAGAAACGGGUCUAGUCAUUGGAGGAAACCGCAAAGGCAAAACACCCAUUGAAAAACUACCAUGUAAAUACGAAGCACAUUUAGGCCCAGUGUAUGCGCUACAAAGAAAUCCGACAUUUCUAAAGAACUUCCUAACAGUUGGGGACUGGACGGCGAGAGUGUGGAGUGAAGACUGCAAGGAGUCUUCAAUACUGUGGACGUACUCGCAUCGUACUAAACUCACUGACGGUGCCUGGAAUCCUAUCAGGUUUUCCUUGAUGCUAGUAACACAAUGGGAUGGAUGUUUGUCUUGCUGGGAUCUGUUGAGGCGUAGAAGCGCGCCAAUAGUGACGGCCCAGCUCUGUGACGAACCCUUACUCAAGCUUCGGCCACACGAAAGUGGUUUACUGGUGGCAUGCGGUAGUAGCAAGGGAACAAUUUACUUGGCUGAAUUAUCCCAUAAUCUGGGAACAGCUGAUAAAAACGACAAACAGCUACUGACUCAUAUCUUAGACCGCGAGAACAAGCGCGAGCGCAUCCUGGAGGCGCGCAUGCGUGAGCUGCGCCUGCGCAUGCGGCAGGACCGCGACGGUGGCGCCGCCGCGGCCGAGAGCGACCCCACGGCCGGCGACAAGGACCUGGUGGAGGCCACUGCGGAGUACGAGCAGACUGUCAGCGAGCUGCAGGCGCAGCAACCUAAGUGAAUGGUACACUAGACAAACCAUGAGCUUUAGU